AUGACUCACAGACCAGCAAGACAGCAAGUUGACAGUUCUGUAUUAUUUAACGGACGUGGUAAUCCACCCGAAGGCAGUGGAACUUUUUACAAUAUUUGGUAUAAUCGAUGGUCUGGUGGAGAUCGGUCUGCUAGAUAUGCCCAUCGAGGUGAGAAAGCAAAGACACGCUGUGUCCCCUCCCGCGACGCUGGCGCAACAAAGGCAGACAAGAUGCCGAAUACGUAUUUUUGUCUAUACUUUGCGCGGGGAUGUUGUCCCUUUGGAUACGAAUGUAGUUAUUGGCAUAGAAUACCGAACGAGAACGAUCUCGUGGAUGCAACAAUAGAUUGUUUCGGCAGAGACAAAUUUAAUGAAUAUCGAGAUGACAUGGGGGGUGUUGGUAGUUUUAAUAGAGAAAACAGAACAAUUUAUGUAGGACAUAUACAUCUUGGACCUGACAUGGAGGAAAUAGUACGGAAGCAUUUCAGCGAGUGGGGCGAAAUUGAUAAGAUAAAAAUACUUAAGGAUAAAGGAGUCGCCUUUGUAACUUACAAGUCAUCGUUAAAUGCUGAAUUUGCAAAAGAAGCUAUGAGCUGUCAGAGUCUAGAUCACGACGAAGUUCUGAACGUUCGCUGGGCUACGGAUGAUCCCAAUCCGCGAGCAAAAGCGGAAUACAAGCGUAAAGCGGAGCUUAUGGCCGCCCAAGCAAUACAAAAAAAUCUUCCGGCAGAAUUUACUCUAAUGCAGACCGACAACUAUUGGAAACGAGCGCGAUAUGAUCCCGAUGGUGAGAAUUAUGGCUUAGAAGGAUAUCAGACUCCGGCAGGAUUUGUUGAUACGACGGGCGGAGGUUCAGAUUUGCAAGACGCAUCAACUCAAUCAGUAGAAUUGCAGCCGCAAUUGUCGACAGGUCAGGUAGAAAGGACGCUGAUUUCCAACGAGACUCUCCAAGCGUUGAAAGCGCUAUCCCAAACUUCUAGCAUUUCUAUUAAUAAAAAAAAUGAUGGGAAAAAAAUCGUUGCGAAAGAGCCUGAUAAGAACGAGAAUGGUGGGGGAGCUUUGAGCGGAUUGGCUGCUUACGAAGUUCAAAUGUAG